UGCAUCUAGGCCAAAUGAUACUGUUAGGGUCGUGAACAAGGACACUGGACAGGCCAUGGCGAGCUGUUAGUGUGCAUGAGCUCUUGAAUUCUAUGUGACUUGCAUGAACUGAAAUCUUUACCAUCUUCGGCCAAGGCAGAAAUGGAAAGACUGCAGACUUUGCUCGGUCAUUUGUCCACCUCGAGCGGGCAAGGGGAGGUCCGGUGCUGUGAGACUGCGGCCAGUGAAAGGGAAGACGAUGUGGUGAUUGUGGCGGCCUUACGUACACCCAUCUGUAAGGCGAAGCGAGGAAACCUGAGGGAGACUUACGAAGAUGACCUGUUAGCAACAGUGUUUACAGGGGUGCUGAACCAAACCAAGAUUGACCCAGUUCUGCUCGGAGAUAUUUGUGUAGGGAGUGUGUUACAAGAGGGAGCAGGAGCCGACACAGCCAGAAUGGCCCAGUUUUACAGCGGUAUUCCAGAGACGACGCCACUGUCAGCAGUGAACAGGCAGUGCUCAUCAGGUCUACAGGCUGUCAUGAACUUGGCAGGCAGCAUCAGGAAUGGUGUCUGUGACAUAGGCCUAGCUGCAGGAGUGGAGUCCAUGUCUAGGAGGUCGAUGAAUCGUGGCAAAGUGGAUAUUAAUCCCAAGGUGUUUGAGAAUGAGAAAGCAAGCCAGUGUCUCAUUCCUAUGGGAAUCACAUCAGAAAAUGUGGCAACAAGGUUUGGCGUGAGUCGGAAAAAUCAAGACUUAUUUGCCUAUCAGUCUCACAUGAGAGCGGCUAAAGCCCGACAGACUGGGCUAUUCAGGGAGGAGAUUGUACCUGUGAGAACGAAGAUAACAGACAAGGACGGGGAAGCCAAAGAAAUUAUGGUUUAUGAAGAUGAUGGCAUCAGACCAACAACAACGCUGGAGGGAUUGUCCAAGCUUAAGCCAGCAUUUCAGGAAGGUGGAUCCACAACAGCAGGCAACUCUAGUCAACUGAGUGACGGAGCCGCGGCUGUGCUACUUGCUAAGCGCUCUGCAGCUCUGCGCCAUGGCCUGCCUAUCCUGGGGGUGAUCCUCUCCUAUGCGGUGGUCGGGGUUCCUCCAGAUGUGAUGGGUAUUGGCCCGGCAGUGGCCAUUCCUGAAGCUUUAAGGAAAGCUGGUUUGAAGAAGGAAGAUAUAGAAAUCUUUGAAAUUAACGAGGCGUUUGCCAGCCAGUGUUUGUAUUGUGUGGAAAAGCUAGGGCUUCCUCAGGAUAAGGUUAACCCCAAUGGUGGGGCCAUUGCCCUGGGGCACCCACUGGGGUGUACUGGGGCACGACAGAUCGCUACACUCCUGCAUGAGCUGAAGAGGAGGGGGAAAAGAGCCUAUGGGGUGGUAUCAAUGUGCAUUGGUACUGGCAUGGGUGCGGCAGCAGUACUGGAAUACCCGGGGUGAAAAAAAGGAGGUUAAACUACCUGAAGAUCAAAAUGGUGGAGUGAUACAAGUUCUCCAAGCGCUGCAAGCAGAUUGAAAUGUGAAGAUGUCUGAUUGUCAUUGGUAUUAUGUGAAUCAAGCAAAUGUAUCAGGUGCAUUUUAUGUUGAUUUGUACAUAAUGAUUUUAGAGGAUUGUCCUGUGAUAAGUUUGUCAGAAAUAUGUACAGAUGAUUAUGAUUUUUAUCGGCAUUCAAGAUUUUCAAGUAUUUACAUGAAAUUCGGUCAGAAAAUCAGUCAGUAUUGUGCCAAAAUUUAUUUCUGGACGAUUCAUUUGAAUGUAAAUCUUAUAUGUUGCUAAUGCCCUCAAAAUACAAGUACCUUACGUUAAUGUAACACUCAUACAUGGAUAAAUUCACAUAUGUCAUAUGUGUAUAUAUAUACUCAGAAAAUGUUGAUGUUUGAUGUGCUUAUAAGAUACUUUAACAAUUAUGAAACCAUCAAUCUAGACGACAGAUAAUGUGUUACACUGAUGAGAUCGUUUGACUCUUUGUGGCUUUGAAUUAUGUAAGAAAUCCUUAAAAUUAUGUAAGAAUUAAUAUAUGAAAAAGGAAAUUUA